AGGUAGAGGCAUAACAUGCCAUUUGGUAAUUUGUUAUGCAUUUAUUUUGGCAUAUGUGCUCACUCUAUACAUGCAGUAUGGAGUUGUGUAUGUGAUUUUAUUGCUUCAUGCAGGAUGCUAUUGUCUAGUUGCUCCUCUGGCUGCAGCUGUGGGAGCUCAUGCCUCAACAAGCCAUUCCAACAUCAACCUGUCAAGAAAAUGAAAUUAGUUCAGACCGAGAAAUGUGGGGCGGGCAUUGUGGCAGAUGAAGAUAUUAAGCAUGGAGAGUUUGUAAUAGAAUAUGUGGGGGAAGUUAUUGACGACAAAACAUGUGAGGAGAGGCUUUGGAACAUGAAGCAUCGUGGAGAAACCAACUUCUACUUAUGUGAAAUCAAUCGUGAUAUGGUAAUUGAUGCCACAUACAAGGGGAACAAAUCCAGAUAUAUAAACCAUAGUUGCUGCCCCAAUACUGAGAUGCAGAAAUGGAUUAUUGAUGGUGAAACAAGGAUUGGCAUAUUUGCGAUGCGGGACAUAAAAAAGGGCGAGCAUCUGACCUAUGACUAUCAGUUUGUUCAAUUUGGUGCAGAUCAAGAUUGUCACUGUGGUGCGGCUGGCUGCAGGCAAAAGCUGGGGGUCAAACCUAGCAAGCCAAAGAUGUCAUCAGAUGCUGCAUUAAAGCUAGUAGCAUGCCAGGUGGCAGUGUCCUCUCCAAAAUUGAAGGCUGUGCUAUCUGGAAAAGAUGUAAACCAGAAUGGAGGUUUGCCUGUUGGAAGUUCUCGGCAUGCUCAUAAUCGACGACAGAUACACUCUCGAUGGUGCAUUGGUGAAGUGAUAAAAAUAUCUCGUUCGAUAAAUGACAGGUCCUUUGGGAUUAUUAAACGAUUUGACAAGUAUUCGAAUAAGCACUCUGUCAUGUUUGAAGAUGGUGUUGUUGAAUUUCUUGAUAUGUCCAAGGAGGAUUGGGAGCUUGUAACCUUGUAAGUUCAACCAUGGUAAGUAAAACACUUCGCACUGCUAGCCGAACACUUAUAUCUCUCAACCAUGCUUGUAACUGCCUGCUGUUCCAAAUUAGCACAUACGAAAAAAACAGAAAUUUAUCUAGUGUUUGGAGAUGAUUUGUUUUCCCACCGUUAAGAGAGGUUUUCUCUUGGGAAUGAUACUUUUAAUAUUAUUUCAAUAAUAAAAAAGUGGAUCAUUUAAUGCUGAGAAACGCUGAAGUUUCAGCAUCA